AUGAACGAAAAUCUAUUUGCCUCUUUCAUUACCCCUACAAUAAUAGGACUCCCAAUUGUAAUUAUUAUCAUUAUGAUUCCAUCAAUAUUAUUGACGACCUCAAAACGCCUGAUCAACAACCGAGUACACACCUUUCAACAAUGACUUAUUAAACUAGUCACUAAGCAGAUAAUAAUGAUUCACUCACCCAAAGGACGUACAUGAGCACUUAUACUAGUGUCUCUAAUUAUAUUCAUUGGAUCAACAAACCUACUAGGCUUAUUACCUCACACAUUUACUCCGACAACCCAACUUUCUAUAAACUUAGGCCUAGCUAUCCCCCUGUGAGCAGGAACUGUAAUCUUAGGGUUUCGACACAAAAUAAAACACUCUUUAGCCCACUUCCUACCCCAAGGAACCCCUAUCUCACUAAUCCCCAUACUUAUCAUUAUUGAAACAAUCAGCCUUUUUAUUCAACCCAUAGCCCUAGCAGUCCGUCUAACAGCUAACAUCACUGCAGGUCACCUACUCAUACACUUAAUUGGAGGGGCUACCCUAGUACUCACAACCAUUAGUCCACCCACAGCUACCAUCACAUUUAUUAUCCUAGUUCUACUGACCAUCCUAGAAUUUGCAGUAGCCCUAAUUCAAGCCUACGUAUUUACCCUACUUGUAAGCCUUUAUUUACAUGACAACACAUAA